UGGAAGGGCCGGAGAGACUCCAGCGUGUGAUUAUGGCUAAUCCCUGCUUAAAUAACCCUGAGCAGUAAGCUAAUGUUGUGGAGGACGCCUGAGAAAGAGGACAAUACUGCUGGAUAGAGAGAGCAUCUGCUGAGCUUCGUAUUUCAUGUCAGUUUGAGUCCAGGAUGAAUUUUGCAGCGCAGUUUUUAGCUAACUUUGUGAACGACGGCUUGCAGGCACAGGAGACACGGAGGAGCUUUAAUGACAGCGAGGAAUAUGAUCCCUUCUGGCAGAGGUGGGAACCCGUAGCGUGUAGAUCUGAAACCCUUAGAGAGUCGUCCCAGUGUCCUCCAGUGAGACGUGAUGUGACUGGUGUGGAGUUUCACCAGCAUGUAGCGGCUCCUCUGUGUUCUCCUUCCCAUCCUGUGGUUCCUCCAUUCACUGAUUCACCCUCACCUUCCCGUAAAACCCUUGAGACGCCCAAACCUGGACCAGAACUCACACGGAGACACCAGGCUUCAUCUCCAUCACACAUGGACAAACCCUCAGCAGAUCCCGCUCCCAGAAAACCUAGCAGGUCUCAAACUGGAGCUGCAAAGAGGGUUGAUGCUCCUCAACCCGAUCAAAGCUCCCGGGCCUUCUCCUGUAGAACCAGCAGAACCGUCCUCAUCCAUAGCUCUCCCUCCGUUCCCACAGCUCACAGAGAACGCUACUUUCCUGUCGCUCUUCCAGGCUUUAGUCUAUAUCCUCCUCAGACUCUUCCUCACCUUCAUCCUCCUCUUCCUGCCACGUGCGGAGCAGCGCAGAGGAUCCUCCAAACCUGACUGCUCCUUCCACAGCGGCCCGUGUGCUAAAGACGGACACAUCGGGAACGGACGCCUGGGUCGCCGCUCCACGCUCAUCUGCCCAGAACGCCUGAAGGACUUCGGAGCUGAGGAGUAUCUCAAUGGAGAUGUGAAGGUGUUCGAGACCAGCGUUUCAGAACCGCCGGAGGUCCAGUUAAUGUCCACACCCAAACCAGCCGUGAAGAAGAGCAGCGAGAGCAAGACAGCAGCCACAGCUCCUCCUGAACAUCUGCGCUUCGAGGACAUCAGCGCCGCUGCCUUCAAACUACAGCAGGCCGGGAUUCAGAAAACACCCUGCACGUACUCCAGACUGUCCAAGCAGUACGGCAUGGAGAUCUUCCUGAAGAAGGAGAUUCUGCAUUACACGGGUUCAGUGAAGGAGAGAGGAGCGCUGUACCUGCUGUCUUCUCUCAAACAGGAUCACCAGAGGAAGGGUGUGAUCGUGGCCACGGACUCCAGCUUCUCGAUGGCGGUGGCGUUUCACGCGGUGGAGCUGAGGAUCCCGGUGUUCGUCAUCAUGCCGGCGUGCAGCUCUCCUCCGCGCCUGCGCAUGUACAGAGACUACGGCGCUAUGGUUAUUUCCUACGGCAGCACGGCCCGGGACUCCAUCAGCCACGCCAGACACCUGGCCCGAGAGAACGGAUACCUGUGUCUGGAGGAGGACGACAGCGCCGUGUAUCUGGCAGGUCUGGGAACAGUGGGUCUGGAGAUCUACGAGCAGGUGCCCAAGCUGGACGCGGUCAUCGUUCCUGCAGGUGGACACUGUGGGCUCCUGGUGGGAACCGCAGCUGCCAUCAAACACCUGAACCCUUGCAUCUCCGUCAUAGGUGUUGAACCGGAGGAGUUUCCUCUUCUGCUGCAGUCGCUCAAAACAGACGCUCCCAUUAAAGACCUCUACUGCAACCCCAACAAGAAACUCUACAGAGAUCUGAUGGAUCACUCUCUGGGCACACACGCCUUCCAGCUGGCCAAGAAAACCGUGGACAAAGUCAUCUCUGUCAGGGAGGCGGACGCUCUGGUGGCCAUGCUGCGCUUUCAGGAGUACGAGCGCUCGACCGUGGACACAGAAGGAGCCGUGGGUUUGGCUGCUAUCUUAGCUGGACAACUGCCAGAGCUUAGAGGCAAAAGGGUGGCUGUGGUGGUGAGCAGCGCAAACAUGGAGCUGGACCUGGUUCUGCAGUGUGUGGAGCGAGCUCUGGUUCUGGACGACAGAGUCAGUCGCUUCACGGUGCAGCUGACCGACCGGCCCGGAGACAUGGCCAAACUCCUGGACCUGCUGGCCCGAGAGGACGUCCGGUUGCUGGAUGUUUGUCACAGACGGUACAGUGAUAAAACCGAGCUCUUCAAAGCACAGGUGGAGUGUGUCGUAGAAAUGAGGGAUAAAAGUCAGAACUCACAGCUGCGCCGGACGCUCUCAGACCGAUACCCAUCACUGCACUGGCUGGAGCGGUGAUCACACACACACACACACACACACACACACACAACACA